AUGUGUAGUAUACUCAGGGAUAUUCUUGAUCGCUAUGCAGUUAGAAAAGAAAUUGAAAUGUAUUCAUAUCUAAAUAUAGUUAGAAUAGAUUAAACAUAUAGAUAAUGGAUGUAAUUACUUAAAAUAAUAGAUAUUUUACCUACGACAAAGCGGAACCAGAAAAUUCAAAGUCUCUCUGCAGCUUAGAUAUAAUAAACUAAAGAGGAUCAAUUUGUCAGAAAUUAACAUAAAAUGCAAUUAAGAAUUUUAUUAGUAACAUCUGCCUGCAUUCUUUUGUCAUGGCAUAACUACAAUUAUAAAUGCAAAAAUUAAACGUUAACUGAAUGUUUUAAUUUCCCAAUCGGGUACUAGGCUUUUAAGACUACAAUUCAUGCAAUGAUUUUAAAUUUUACAGUAUUUGUUGGACCGUUCUACCAAGACUACAUGAGCUCUAAAAUCAAAAUAAAAUUUAAAGAUAUGGAUUUUAAUAGGUUUAGAUGGGAUGAAUUCAAGAGAUUAGUAAUGGGACCUGUAAUUGAAGAAUGGGUGUUUAGAAACUUAAUAAAUAACCUAAUUAAUAAAGAUUUUAACAACAAUAUGAUAUUUGUAUUUGUUUCUGGCGUUAUCUAUGCUUUAGUUCAUCUCCAUAACUAUAAAAGAUUCAAGAAGAGAUUAGAACCUUAGAAGGCUGUACUUGCAAUAGUUAUUCAAGUUAUUGUGACAUUUAUUUUUGGUGCAUAUAUGGCCUUUCUUUUUACAAAAAUAUAAGCUAUUGGCUCUUGUUUUAUUAUUCACGGAUAUUGCAAGUUCAUGGGAAUACCAAACGUUGUUGAACUGUUUAGAUUGAAGUAAGAUGAUCCAAUUACAAAAAGUAAAAAUUAAACAAAGUAUUUUUAUUAUCAAAUAAAUAUUUUCCUAAAAAAUGAAUAUUUUAGAAAUACUAUUAUUUUAUGCAGGAGGAGUUGCUGGUUUUAUUAUUGA